AUGUUCCCACUUUUGGCCACCUCGGCAAACCAUGGCACGCGCGGGGGAACCGACACGGCCGAACGAAUCAAGUACGUGAGCAUCGAGACGCUCACCGCCGAGACAUAUGAUGAGGAAGACUUAAGCGGCAUCCCCGACCUUGUCGAGGUCAUCAAGCUUCAAGCGUCCGGUCCAGCCGAGGCUGCCCGUGCCAUUCGCAAGAAACUCAAGUACGGCAACGUUCACCGCCAGCUCAGAGCCUUGACCAUUUUGGACGGCCUCAUUCAGAACGCCGGCCCCCGCUUCCAGCGUGCCUUCGCCGAUGAGCCGCUACUGGAACGACUAAGAGUCUGCGGUACUUCUGAUUUGUCCGACCCGGAUGUCAGGAAGAAGUGUACGGAACUCUUCCGCAGCUGGUCUCAGUACAAGAGCACACCGGGCUUGGAGCGUAUUGCCAAGCUGCACCAGGAACUUCCCAAACGCAAGGUUGUUGUCACCCAGGAGAGGUCCAAGGCUGUUCAGGAGACUGAAAACCCAUUCGGCGAGGAUGAGGAGGACAAGCCUCCGUCGCCCACCGGCCGUGCAGGGGAGUCUUCCCGUCCUCAGCGUACGCCGUAUCUGCCAUAUGGCGAGUCUUCGAACGUCACCAGCACUGCCGGCCACUCCAAGUCCUCGUCCCAUUCCGGCGGCUCUUUCUUUGGAUCCUCCAAGGAUAAGAAGAAGAAGGAAAAGGAAAAGAAGGGCAAGCGCAAGCCCUUCAACCUGGAGUUGGAGAAGGAUGCAAUGAAGAGCGCCAUUGCCGAGAGCUCUAUCGCCACCACCAACCUCACGAACCAUCUCCAGAGCAUUAACCGUGAGAGGGAGCGAAUCUCGGAGAACGCUCAAGCUGUCCAGCAGUUUGAGGGCUGCAAGCAGCUGAGACGCAAAAUCCUCCGCUAUAUCCAUCACGUGGAAUCGGAGGAGUGGCUUGGUAGUCUUCUCAGGGCCAACGACGAGCUCGUCACAGCUCUGAUGACUUUCGAGCAACUCGACCGGUCUAUCGACGCCGAUAGUGAUUCCGAUGACGAGCUUGCCGAGCAGGCUCAUAUUUACCGAAUGGCAACCGAAAAAGCCAAGCAAUCCAUGUCCCCUCCCCCACCCGACGUCUCUGGCCUGAGCAUCAGUCACACGCCGUCGCCUCGUCCGCCCCCUCCGCCGCGCCCGGUUCCCAUGUCAAGACCCUCUCCUCCCAUCCCAGCACCUGCUCCGGCAAAGCCUCCGAGACGUCCCGUCCAGCAGGUUCAACCCGACUCGGAAGAGGAAGACGACGAUGAUCCGUUUGCCGACAAGAAUGCGCUUGAGACCCCUGCGACCGAAAGACCAGAGCCAAGGUGGUGA